UCGAGACAAUCCAUGUGCUGGAACCAAAACCUUAUAUGUCCAUCCCUAAUCUUGCCUAAGCAGUGGCAGAAAGGAUGUUUUCACUCUGACUUUUGCUCUAGGGAUCAACUGUGGACAAACACUGGCAUGUACAAAACUCCCAAACCUGGUGAUGAGUUUCCCCUUGAUCUGGGCAGAUAUCUGGAGCCCAGUCAAGGCUGGAUGAAUGAAGGCAGUGUGCAUAUUGAUAUGAUGCAUUGUCACCUUUCUAAGGCCCCCCUUCAGUCAGCUCUUAAG